AUGUCCGAAAAUCCACUCGUUCUCGUAACUGGCGGAUCUGGCUUUCUCGCAAUCUGGGUCAUUGUCCAACUAUUCAACCAGGGCUACCGCGUUCGCACUACAGUGCGUAAACUCACCCGCGUCAACGACAUCAAAAAAUGCCUCUGCGAAGCCAACAUUACCGAGGAGCAGAUCUCAUCCCUCGAAGUUGUCCAAGCCGAUCUUCUCAAAGAUGCCGGCUGGGCUGAAGCUGUCAAAGACGUUACUUAUGACCUUCACCUUGCAUCUCCUUUUCCCGCAGAACUACCAAAGCAUGAAGACGAUCUCAUCAACCCCGCUCGUGAUGGUACUAUCCGCGUUCUCCGUGCAGCUCGCAAUUCUGGAUGUGUCACACGGGUGGUUAUGACCAGCAGCUUUGCAGCCGUCGGAUACGGGCACCCGGAAGAACGCUUUAAACCUGACGCCAGUCCUUUUAUUGAAAAGGACUGGACCAAUAUUAGCUCAGGCAAUGUGCCGCCUUAUCAAAAAUCGAAGACAUUGGCCGAGCUUGCCGCAUGGGAGUUCAUGGAGACUGAAUGCAUGGACAGCAAGCUCGAGCUCGCGGUUAUCAAUCCCGUAAGCAUAUACGGUCCGGCACUUGGCAAAGAUGAUGGAACAAGCUUGCGGGCUAUCGGCGAGCUUUUGGAGGGAAAUUCACCGGGUGUUCCUAAACUAUGCUGGGGAAUUGUUGAUGUUCGCGAUUGUGCCGAUAUGCAUCUGCGAGCCAUGACAAACCCUAGGGCUAAAGACGAGCGGUUUCUGUGCAUUGGUGAAGGCAGUCUCUGGAUGGAAGAAAUAUCGAAUAUCCUGAAGAAGAGUUUGGGCUCGAAAGCGAAGAAGGUGCCGACUACGGUGUUGCCGAACUUCCUGGUUCGCGGGCUUGCGGUCUUUUUGCCUGUUGCUCGGCUUAUUUUGACGGACUUGGGCCAUAAUAAGAGGGUUAGCAAUACCAAGGCAAAGGAAAUUCUAGGGUGGCAGUGGAAAUAUACUAGUGAACAGGCGGUUGUUGCGUCGGCUACUAGUAUCACUAAAUUUGGUGCUGUUAAAGUUUAG